AUGGAUGAGCCAGAGAGCCUUAGAAACAUCGCGGUGGCCAUGCUAUCGGUGUUGUCCAUCGCCGGCAUUAUUGGGAAUGCGCUGGUUUUGUUCGUCUUUACCAGGCAGAAGCAAAAACUAAGUUCCACAAUUUUCAUACUAACGCUAGCUGCGACGGAUUUUGCAACUUCAUUUCUGACAAUGCCGUUUACUAUUGCUAUGGAGAUACUUAAUUACAAUGUGAAACACGAUGCUAUUUGUAAACUGUACCAUGUUUUGACGACCACUACUAUCCCGUUCUCUGCUUCUGUUAUGGUUGCAAUUGCUGUGGAUCGAUACCUUUGCAUUGUUCAUCCAUUUAAGCAUGCAAUGACAAUCAAAAGGGCCAAAAUAACAGUCACGGUCUUAGCCGUAUUUUCGGUGUUUCUCGGACUCCCAUUGUCGCUUAGUUACGGUGUCUAUUCACGAGAGGAUCUUGCACCAAUAUUAGAUGCCUUGAACAACGGGUCAAAUUCACACGAGCAAGAGUCGUAUUUUCCCAGCGAAGCAAAUGGCACAAAAAUGAAUAACACGACAACUGUUUCGGGGAAUGAUAUGAAAUUUAUUUUCUACACGGGAAUUUGUCAUAAGAAUCUUUUAAUGUUUGGUGAAGACUUUUUCAAUAUCUAUCAGAAGAUAUAUUCAGCUUAUUUUGCCAAUUGUGCAGUUAUCGUCAUAAUCCUGUACACAAUAAUAUACCGUUCUGUUUUCAUAAGAAGGCGAAAGCGAUUGCACCUUACCGAUUCUUGCUGUGGAUUCCUUGGACCGAUUCAGAUCCCCAACUGCGAAAAUAAUGAGCAUGAACAGACCGAGUUAACCAUGUUAAACGGCUCAGCAAAAGACAAGUCACCAUCUUCUGCAUGUAGUGGAAAACGACUUCGAGAUGAAGCGUUGAAGACAGACCGUAAAGACGUGGAUCAGAAAAACGGCGAUACAGAAACGAAAAUAGAAUUGAAAGAGCUUUGCACAAACACAGCAGACAGAGAAAACCAUACCCGACCAAACGGAAUAUCGAGGGCCAAACUAGAGAAGUUGCGAAUGGCUAAUACUAAAACGGCUCUAUGUCUAUCAAUUGUUGCGGCAACCUAUAUACUCGCUUUUUUACCAGCAUGGUUAAUGGCGCUUAAAAUCGUUGAAAUGAACGUGGUUGUUUUCUUCAUGUACUUUAUAUAUAACGUCGCAAAUCCUAUCAUAUAUGCGUUCCUGAAUCAGAGUUUCAGGAACCAUUUGCAGUCUCUUUUAAAGUGCAAAUAAAUCACGGUCAGGCAUGGCUGAGCACGAUUGCGAAGAAUGAUUAUCCAUGAUUGAUAUGAGUGAAUGCUUGAUUUAACAAUAGGGAUUAUGAAAAAGGAUUGCUGCUCACGCAUUUUACUUAAGGCUAUUUUUAAAGUUGACAAGUACAGACGUUAUCACUUUCUCUAAGACGGGGUCUGAUAAAGACGGCUGUAACUAGAAACAAGUACAUAAUGUUUAAGAACAAGACAAUUACGUUAAAUAAAAUCAUCAUAUCAUAA